CCACUUUAUCCAUGACCUCUUCUGUGGUGUUUGGCACAUACAGGAACUGUCUGCAGUGCUUCAGUCAGAUCCACGGCCCUGGAGCUCCAAACACAGCGCUUGAUAUUUUCCUGGCAGGAAUGGCAGGUGGUGUGGCACAGGUCGCGGAAGGAGGGAAGGCCUGCCAGUAGGCGGGGCCGGAAGGGCAGCGCCCCCCGGAAAGGAGUGUCUUUGGAACUUUGGAAUGAUGCUUGGUUUCAGAAAGGGACUGUUUACAUGAAGCCAACUCCACCCACGGGGAUUACAUCAGUAACAUAACCAGAAGUUCAUCCACCAAGAAAAGUAGUCGCACCUCAAAAGGAUGAUUAAGACAAAUUUACGUCUCAAAUAAUACAUGUUUUGUAUGGAAGAAUGAAUUUGAGUGCUUUAGCAAAAACACAAGCUUCGCAUUUCUACUUUUAAACUCUGCUGAGUCAUUUGCCCCAUAGACUUCUAUUGUAAGUGCAUUACUGUGACCGUGAUUGUGUUUGUUUUUACAAACUGAGCAUUGAAAUUAUUAUCCGUGGUAAAUGACAGCUUCUUCAGAUACUGUAGAUUCAGCGUGCUUUACGUGAUUCUGUCCAUGUUGUGAGUCUUUUGCAUCACUCUAUCAUGUUUCCCGUGUCUUAUUUAAAGUUUUGUAUACAGUUAAUGUAGCGUGUUCAGAGUGACACCAAAGUAAUUCAAUAAAAAAGGUGUUGAAAUGAAAUUCUAAUUUCAUGACCUUUAUAGGCCCUCAGAUCGUCUGUCUUGAAAAUAAUAAUGAUAUGUUUGUCCAAUCAGAGGCUCCUAAGCUACAGGUUAGGCGUGAGUUAAGUUAUAUUCAUUGGUCAUUCUCUGUGUUUUUAGAUUUCUGUGAUGUCACCCGGUGACAUCGUGAAAGUUCGUCUGCAGUGUCAGACGGAGCGCAAGAGGAGUGGAUUUAAUUCUCCCAAACCCAAAUACAGUGGUCCGAUCCACUGCCUGCUGACCAUCGCCAAAGAGGAGGGAAUUUUAGGACUUUAUAAAGGGGCACUUCCUCUGGCAUUCAGGGAUGGCCCGUCAUUCGCCACGUACUUCCUGACGUACAACACGCUGUGUUCAAAACUAACACCACCAGGACAGAAAGAGCCAGAGUUGGCCGCGGUGCUGUUCGCCGGUGGAGUCGCGGGAAUAGCCGGCUGGUCUGUCGGAACGCCGAUGGACGUGAUUAAAGCUCGUUUACAGAUGGACGGAGUGAGAGAGCAGAAGCGAUACCGCGGACUCGUUCACUGCGUUACUGAGACUGUGCGUAACGAAGGACCGGCGGUUUUCUUCAAAAGCCUCGGAAUAAACUGCCUGCGAGCGUUUCCUGUAAACAUGGUCGUGUUCGCUGUGUAUGAGAUCACUGUUCGUAUUCUCAGGUCAGCGUCUGUGGAUCAGCUCUCGUGAUGAUGAAACUGAACUAGUGUAUGUGGUGUGGUUCAUAAACAUGAUUGUAUUUUAUUGUGGGAAUUUAUAAUGUGUCUGGUGAGUCUCAUGAAAACUGUCAAAUACAUGUCCAGCUCAUAUUUCACCCUAAAAUAAAUAAAUAAAAAGAAAUAAGAAAUUAUAUAUAUUCUGGACAUCUAAGAUAUAACAUUCGAUUCAGCCAAGCAAGCUCACAGAUAAGUAGAAAAUGGCUAAUUUUUAAGAGAACUUCCUAAAGUAAAAGGAGAUAUAAAGGCUUCUUGGGACUAUUUGGGGCUUACAGCAGCAGCUAUCGGAGCAUAAAUGAGACAUUUGUAUUUGAUUUCUUUUGAAAAUUGUGAUUUGUCCCCAUCAUGCAUCUGUCCUCAUUUAUAUAUUUUUUUUUAAUCAAUGCUGAAAAUAAAUUAGUAUGAG